ACAAACGUGAUGCCUUCUCGUCCAUCGCUGGCCCCGCCCCCCAGGUGUGUCAUGCUCAGGUGAACCCAGGGCCGCUGAUCACCUGAGCUCACUGGAGAGGGAGAGCUCUGCUGAGUGGGACAGUUGGCUGCAGAGCAACACCUGCACCUCCACCGCGCCGCAGGGGAAAACCGGCACCACUUCCCCAGACACUGACCCGCACAGGGGAUCGGACGGAAGGCGUCAACAAGGACUACUGCACCUGUAAACAAGGAUCAAGUCAAAAAAGACACUCAGCUAAAUGGCCAGGCACUACUGUGGACUGCGUAACCUGCUGAUCUGUGUGUGCACGCCCUUCUGCUGUCUGCUGCUGCUCUUCACCUACGCUGCUAUCACCAUAAGUUUAAGCCUAAACAGGGUUUCCUCACUUCCCAGAGUUCUGGUAACGUACAACCCUCGCUCUGUGCUCCCCGAAAGUCGAAAGAACGUGAGCCUCCCUGUGGUUCCCACCACUUUCUGGGAGCACCAAAGCAGCGCCUACUGGAACCAGCUCCAGAGGGGCGUGGACGGUCACUUCAACCCCAUCCUAAACACGAAGAGCCGGAAUCGAUCGGUGACAGUCCACUUGGAUGAUUCCUUACUCAGGAAAAGUUUCUUUGAAGCAAUCAGGAUGGAUCACAUGAAGAAGAAACGUGAGGAGCUUCCGCCAGCCAUGCAGAGAUACGUCAGUCACAUGCAGAGGAGGAGCUACCCCAUCCUGAUCCAGCCAAACGGAGCGUGUGGAGCCAAAGCGAAACAUGAGGAACGGACGCCUCUCAUUCUGUUCGCCAUCAAGUCGUCAGAACUGAACAUCAAGAACCGACAAGCCAUCCGACAGACGUGGGGUCAGGUGGGAUGGGUGCAGGGGCAGAAGAACAGCAGUAACGAAGAAGAAGUAGGAGGAUACGUCCGGAGGGUGUUCUUGCUCGGCAAGGAAAACUCUCAAUUCCUGGGAACGGACUUGUCUCACUUGCUGCAUGCGGAGAACAGACGUUACGGAGACAUCCUGCAGUGGGACUUUGAAGACGCCUUUUUCAACCUCACCUUGAAGGACGUUCUCUUCUGGAGCUGGUUCUCUCGCAACUGCGGUCAGACUCUCUUCGUCUUCAAGGGAGACGACGACGUCUUCGUCAACACUCCCAAACUCAUCUCCUACCUCCACGAGGAGCUGAAGAAACCGCAAGCGAGGAUGAAGGAGUUCAUGGUUGGAGACGUCAUAGGAGAUGCGAUGCCGAUCCGAUCAAAGACCUCCAAAUAUUUCAUUCCGGACAGCUUCUACAAGGGCAUCUACCCCAGCUACGCGGGCGGAGGUGGGGUGGUGUAUUCAGGCCAGCUGGCCCGACGCUUGCACCACAUAUCUAAGACCGUCCACCUCUACCCCAUCGACGACGUCUUUGUAGGGAUGUGCAUGCGCCGCCUGAACGCGCACCCCGUCCAUCACCCCGCCUUCCUCACCUUUGACUUCCCAAGCACUGAAAAAGAGGAGCCGUGCACCGACCACACCGUUCUGCUGGUCCACAAAAGAGGCCCGGAGCAGCUGCUGGAGAUGUGGGCCGAGUUGAACAGGACCCGGACGCAGUGUCGGGACGUUCCUCUGCGGGCCCCGGUUACAAAGAAACCCUAAGUGGAACCAUGGCGACCUUGUGGUCACGUGGUAGCCAUCCUGUAGAACUCUAAGGGAUUAAAUCCUGACGGUUUUUAUCUCCUACAUCCAACCUGGAACUACAUCUGCAUGAACAGCGAAUGGAGAAAAUGACGCCACCUAUAGUUGAAAACUGGAACUUUUUAAGUCUUAGUUUACAAAAACUGCACUGCAGCUCAUCCAUGUUUAUUAAUGUAUAUACUCUUGUAAAUUAGUGGUUGAAUUUUUACUUUUUUUUUAUUGUUCUUAUCUGCUCUUUGGUCAAAAUGCUUCAGAAUUUUCAGAUAGUAAAAAUAAUUGACUUCAUGCUCCUUUUACAGAUAAAGUUUAUGAAAAAAAAUAAAACAAUUUAUUUAUAGUUUGUUCAGAUUUUUAUUUAAUAGAAAUGGAAUGCUUUAUCGUCAUCAUAAAGGAAGUAAAACAAAAUUGAAGGCGGCCAUCAUAUCGAGGUGUGUCGAGGCUUAUAAGAAUAAAAGACAAUAAUGAAACAAAUAUGUGCGUGCAAAUGUCAAGGCAAUUUAUUAUAUUUGUUUAUUUAAGGAUCCCCUUUUGUCUUUACCAAUGUGAAGACUAUCAUCGGGUCCACUUUUAUAAAUAAA